CUGAUUGUGACAGUGGGGCCCAGUUUGCACUGCAGGAUCCAGAGAUGGCAUCAGUGAAGCUGGAAGACUGCAGUCAAACACUGGAGCUGAAUGUCAACAUUAAAGAUGAAGAAGAGGAGGAGAAGAUUAGGACAACUGUUAGUCAUGGAGACCAUGUUGAGACAUUCCCUGCAUCCAGACAACAACAGCAGGAAGAUCACAGAGCUAAGAGGUCUCACCACUGCCCACAUUGUGAGGAGAUGUCCCCAGGUUUAUCAAAGCUAAAAAUACACUUAAAAAUCCACACAGGAGAGAAUCUGUAUUCCUGUACUGACUCUGGGGAGAGAUUCACAACAUCAAAGGCUCUGACAUUUCAUCAGAGAGUGCACACAGAAGAGAAACCUUACUCCUGCUCCGACUGUGGGAAGAGUUUCUCUCAACAGACCAACCUAAAAAAACACCAACGUUUACACACAGGAGAGAAGCCUUACUCCUGCCUUGACUGUGGAAAAUGCUUCACAACCUCAUCUGAGCUAACAGUUCAUAUGAGAACACACACUGGAGAGAAGCCUUACAUCUGCUCUGAAUGUGGGAAGACUUUCUCCCACCAGGGUAGCUUAAAAGCACACCAACAUAUACAUACAGGAGAGAAGUCAUACUCCUGCUCUGACUGUGGAAAGAACUUCUCCCGAUUGGGUACCCUAAAAUUGCAUAAACGUAUACAUACAGGAAUUGAGCUUUACUACUGCUCUGACUGUAGGAAGAGUUUCUCCCACCAGGGUAGCUUAAAAGCACACCAACGUAUACAUACCGGAGAGAAGCCAUACUCCUGCUCUGACUGUGGGAAGAGUUUCUCUCAACGGAACCAUUUAAAAUCACAUGAACGUAUACACAUAGAAAAGAAGGCAUACUCCUGCUCUGACUGUAGAAAAUGCUUCACAACAUCAUAUGAUCUAAAAGUUCAUCAAAGAACACACACUGGAGAAAAGCCUUAUGUCUGCUCUGACUGUGGGAAGAGUUUCUAUCAACAGAGCAGCUUCAAAAAACACCAACGUCUACACACAGGAGAGAAGCCUUAUUCCUGCUCUGACUGUGGAAAAUGCUUCACAACAUCGUCUGAUCUAAAAGUUCACCAGAGAACACACACUGGAGAAAAGCCUUACAUCUGUUCUGACUGUGGGAAGAGUUUCUCUCAACACAGCAGCUUCAAAAAACACCAACGUUUACACACAGGAGAGAAGCCUUACUCCUGCUGUGACUGUGGAAAAUGCUUCACAACAUCAUUUGAUCUAAAAGUUCAUCUGAGAACACACACUGGAGAGAAGCCUUACAUCUGCUCUGACUGUGGGAAGAGUUUCUCUCAACAGAACCAUUUAAACACACACCAACGUAUACACACAGGAGAGAAGCCUUACUACUGCUCUGUCUGUGGGAAGAGUUUCUCUCAACAGAGCAACUUAAAAACACACCAACGUAUACAUAAAGGAGAGAAGACUCAUCAGUUCUCUCAGACCAGCUAAGAUUAAAAUGAGGUGAUGGAGUGAUUUUAAUUUCAUUGCUUUACUUGGACUGAAAUAGGUGAUUUUAAUCUCAUUGCUUGACUUUGACUGAAAUAGGUGCCGGAACUCAUUUUAGAGGAAACCCUUUUGGACAAUCAGAACCUUACAAACGUGCCGCGGGAAAGGCGGCACACCCUUCCUAAGAAGGUCUGGUUCUGACAGAUAGCCAGCGAACGAAGGCAUUCACACGUAAAUACAUUCAUGAUUUCUUCUCGUCUGCAAAGUAUCUGAUUACUGUGAGAAUAGUUUCUAAAAUGUUUCUAAAAUAUAUCAAUGAUAAGUGUAGUUUCUCUCUCUCUCCUUUUGUAAAAAAAACCCCACUAUAUUGUGUCAGUCCGCUAGGGACCUUUUCUCAUGUAUUAAGUGUGUAUGUUUAUCCUGUGUUAUCAUUUAGUUAGCUAGUAAAUAAAUAUUUAAAUCAA